AUGCACCAUGUCUCCCCGGCACCGGCUCUGACGAUGAUGGCCACCCAGACGGUGCCCCCUCCUCCCUACCAAGACACCCCACAGGUGAGUGUCCCCCAGCACCCGCACCCGCUGUUCCCGCUGCUGACUCUGCUCUUCGAGAAGUGCGAGCAGGCGACUCAGGGUUCCGAGUGCAUCACCUCAGCCAGCUUCGACGUCGACAUCGAGAACUUCGUCCACCAGCAGGAGCAGGAGCACAAGCCCUUCUUCAGUGAUGACCCCGAGCUGGACAACCUGAUGGUGAAGGCGAUCCAGGUGCUGCGCAUCCACCUACUGGAGCUGGAGAAGGUCAACGAGUUGUGCAAGGACUUUUGCAACCGCUACAUCACCUGCCUCAAAACCAAGAUGCACAGCGACAACCUACUCAGGAACGACCUGGGGGGGCCCUACUCCCCCAACCCCUCCUCCAUCAGCCUCCACCCCCAGGAGAUGCUGCAGAGCUCACCCGCGGCGCUGCCUCCCGCCUCCAACCCACCGCCGGGAAUCCUGGUGCCGGCGCCCGCUCUCCCGCGGGCCAUCUUGGCCAGGAGCGCCAGCAGCGGCCCCCCCGCCGUGCCGGGCGGAGCCUUGUACCAGCCCGUGACGAUGGUGACGUCGCAGGGCCAGGUCCUCGCCCAAGCCAUCGCCCCCGGUGCCCUGCAGAUCCCCAACGCCCAGGUGAACCUGGAUCUCACCUCCCUCCUCGACGGUGAGGACAAGAAGUCCAAGAACAAGCGAGGCGUCUUGCCCAAACAUGCCACCAACAUCAUGCGCUCAUGGCUCUUCCAGCAUCUCAUGCACCCCUAUCCCACAGAGGACGAGAAGAGGCAAAUCGCUGCCCAAACCAACCUGACCCUCUUGCAAGUCAACAACUGGUUCAUAAAUGCCCGACGGCGCAUCCUGCAGCCGAUGCUCGACGCCAGCAACCCGGACCCAGCCCCCAAAGCCAAGAAAAUCAAAUCUCAGCACCGGCCCACCCAGCGGUUCUGGCCCAACUCCAUCGCCGCUGGGGUCCUGCAGCAGCAGGGUGGCAAUUCGGGGACAAAUCCUGACGGCUCGCUCAGCAUGGACAACCUGCAACCCCUCUCGUCAGCCACGGCCACCAUGGCCAUGCAGCAGGCCAUGCUGGCGGCCCACGAUGACUCCCUCGACGGCACCGAGGAAGAGGAGGAGGACGAGGAGGAUGAGGACGAGAUGGAGGAGGAGGAAGAAGAGGAGGAAGAGCUGGAGGAAGAGCCUGGUGGUCUCCCGGCGGCGCCCGGCGCCGACCUCGGCUUGGACCACAGUGACUCACUGGAAUAG